AUGUCGGCUGGACAAACGCUCGUGCUCGAUCCGAGUGCGCGGCUUCCCUUUGUAACGCCACUUGUUCUCAGCAACCUGGCCAAGGAGCAUGGUGCGGAGACACCUGACUUGUCCUUUGAAGUGAACGCACCCACGUCCUUGAAGAAGGCGGCAUCGUCUAACGGUGCAGACACCAUCCAAGGUGCCGUUGAUGUGCUUCGCGCCCUGGCAUCUAUGUAUGCAAAUGUGGGGCUCAUGGGCGCCAAUGAGGCAGAGUCGAACGCCGUCGAUGCCUACCUUGUGCAGUCUGACGCGCUUGCCACAGCGCCCUUCCAAGCCGCCAUGCAGUGUGCAGAUGACCUGGAUCAGCACCUAGCAUUGCGCACGUACCUAGUUGGAUUCCGUGUGACGGCCGCGGAUGCAGCGAUCUGGGGUGCGAUUCGUUCUUCAUCGCCGUUGCUUGGAAUUAUCAAAAAGCAUGCACACGCCCACUUGGCUCGCUGGUAUGCUCAUGUGGACGCACUCGUGGCGUUCUCGAGUGCCGUGACAAUGAUGGCCGAGGCGAAGAGCAACAUGUUUAAGAACAAAAAGACAGCCGCAGGAUUCGAUCUGUUCCUUCAGGGUGCGAAAGAGGGCCAAGUCGUGACGCGAUUCCCACCGGAAGCGAGCGGCUACUUGCAUGUCGGCCACACAAAGGCGGCGAUCUUGAACCAGUACUUUGCAAAGGCAUACAAGGGCCGUCUUAUCGUGCGGUUCGACGACACGAAUCCCAGCAAGGAAAAGCAAGAGUUUGAAGAUGCGAUCAUCGAGGACUUGGCCCUCCUAGGCAUCCAAGGAGAUGUGCUCACACACACAUCAGACUACUUUGACCAGUUGCGGGAUCUCGCUGUGCGCAUGAUCAAAGAGGGACAUGCAUAUGCAGAUGACACGCCACAGGAGCAGAUGCGCGCGGAACGAAUGGAUGGUAUUCCAUCGAAACGGCGCGAUGCAUCCGUGGAGGAGAAUCUGUCGCACUUCCAGGCGAUGUGUGACGGCACCGAUGAGGGCCGUGCCUGGUGCCUGCGAGCCAAAAUGAGUGUCGACAACCCGAACAAGGCGAUGCGUGACCCAGUCAUGUACCGAUGCAAUGCGGAUGUGCCGCACCAACGCACCGGCACAAAGUACAAGGCGUACCCGACGUACGACUUUGCAUGCCCUGUCGUCGACAGUUUGGAGGGUGUCACGCAUGCGCUCCGGACGAACGAGUACCACGACCGGAACCCGCAGUAUGCGUGGUUCCUGUCGACGCUGGGCUUGCGGAACGUCGAGAUCUGGGACUAUGGCCGCAUGAACUUUGUCUACACGCUGCUAAGCAAGCGGAAGCUCCAGUGGUUCGUGGACCACGGAAUCGUAAAUGACUGGUCAGAUCCCCGGUUCCCAACGGUGCGUGGUAUGCGCCGGCGCGGCAUGACGAUCGACUGUAUCCAGCAGUUUAUCCUGUCCCAGGGGCCGUCACAACAGAUCAUCAACAUGGAGUGGGACAAUAUCUGGGCGUUGAACAAGCGCCUGAUCGACCCGGUCGUGCCACGCUUCGUCGCUUUGGCCGAGGACAAGUUGGUCAAGGCAACGAUCGCCGGUGCGCCGCCUGCACACGAAAAGCAGGUUCCCAAGCACAAGAAGAAUGCUGAGCUCGGCAUGAAGACCACCGUGUAUGACGGCCGCAUCCUCAUUGAGCAGGCUGAUGCAGCGAGCUUUGCGGACCAGGAAGAAAUCACGCUCAUGGACUGGGGCAAUGUGAUUGUUCGUGGCAAAACGACGACUCCCGAUGGUGUCGUCACGAAUUUGGAGCUGGAGGCACACUUUGACGGCGACUUCAAGUCGACGAAGAAGAAAGUGACAUGGCUUGCGCAACCAAGCGAGUCGCGGCACCUCACGCCAGUGAUGCUCCUGGACUUUGACUACCUGAUCACGAAAAAGAAGCUCGAAGAGGAGGACAACUUUAUGGACUACUUGACGCCGCAGACCCGCUUUGAGACGCCUGCCCUGGCGGAUGCGAAUGUCGCUGCGUUGAAAGAAGGCGACCAAAUCCAGUUCGAGCGGAAUGGCUACUACAUUCUCGACAAGGCGCAGGGUGUUGACGGUCGCCGUGAAUUUAUCAAGAUUCCUGACGGUCGUGCUGCAUCUAGUGCCAGCAAAGCCGCGCCAGAUGAGAACCCGGAGCAGAAGAAGGCUGCCGCUGCCGCUGCUCGUGCGCAGAAAGCUGCUCAGAAGGAGGAGAAGAAGAAGCAAAAAGAGGCGAAGGCUGCGAAUGGAUCCAAGCCUGCGUCGUCGUCUUCGGAUCCCGUGCAACAGCUCAUUGACGAGGGGACGAAGAACAUCAACAUGUACGCGGCCCCCCUCAUCCAACAACCUACAGAUGUGCCUGUCAAAAGUACGUAA